UUGGGCUCGCUGCUGACGCUGUGGGGAGGGCUCCUGCCACCACGGACCGAACUGCCAGCCUCUUGGCCGCCCGAAGAUCGACUCCCCCGGCAUCCGACCCAGAGUGGCGGCCCCGCGCCCGAGCCGCGCUUCCCUCUGCCCCCGCCCCUAGCGUGGGACGCCCGCGGCGGCUCCCUGAAAACUUUCCGGGCGCUGCUCACCCUGGCGGCCGGCGCAGAUAACCCGCCUGGGAGGCACCCGGACGAUCGCAGGCGGCACGUGCCAGCCGGGCUGCCCGAGCCCGCGGAGCGCACGGCGGUGCACGGGGGCGUCUUCUGGAGCCGCGGCCUGGAGGAGCAGGUGCCCCGGGGCUUUUCCGAAGCCCAGGCGGCAGCGUGGCUGGAGGUGGUGCGGGGUGCUCGGGUAGUGGCCCUGGAUCGCGGAGGCUGCGGACGCAGUUCCAACCGCCUAGCCCGCUUUGCCGACGGCACCCGUGCCUGUGUACGCUACGGCAUCAACCCGGAGCAGAUCCAAGGCGAGGCCCUGUCCUACUACCUUGCGCGCCUGCUGGGCCUCCAGCGCCACGUGCCGCCGCUGGCACUGGCUCGGGUGGAGGCUCGGGGCGCUCAGUGGGUACAGGUGCAGGAGGAGCUGCGCGCCGCGCACUGGACCGAGGGCAGCGUGGUGAGCCUGACGCGCUGGCUGCCCAAUCUCACCGACGUGGUGGUGCCCGAGCCCUGGCGAUCAGAAGACGGCCGUCUGCGGCCCCUGCGCGACGCCGGGGGCGAGCUGACCAACCUCAGCCAGGCAGAGCUGGUGGACCUGGUACAAUGGACCGAUCUGAUCCUCUUCGAUUACCUGACGGCCAACUUCGAUCGGCUUGUAAGCAACCUCUUCAGCUUGCAAUGGGACCCACGCGUUAUGCACCGCGCAACGAGCAACCUGCACCGAGGACCGGGAGGGGCGUUGGUCUUUCUGGACAAUGAGGCGGGUUUGGUGCACGGCUACCGGGUGGCCGGCAUGUGGGACAAGUAUAACGAGCCUCUGUUACAGUCAGUGUGUGUGUUCCGAGAGCGGACUGCUAGGCGAGUCUUGGAGCUGCACCGGGGUCAGGACGCGGCGGCCCGGCUGCUACGCCUCUACACUCGCCACGAACCUCGUUUCCCAGAGCUGGCCGAGCUCGCAGACCCCCAUGCUCAGCUGCUACAGCGCCGCCUUGACUUCCUCGCCAAGCACAUUUUGCACUGCAAGGCCAAGUACGGCCGCCGGCCGGGGGACUUAAUGGUACUCCGAGGAAGAGAGGGACUGGGGUAUGAAUGACGAGGGUUAGGGCUGUCUUCUCUGCCACAGGCUAGCACUAACCGGCCAACGCCCACCCGGUGGCCUCAUCGCAAGGCUGUCUAAAAACUUGCGUUUUACCCACUUGCCCCCUUUCUUUUCAUGCCAGGCGGUUUCCUUUCCAAGUUCUGGAAGGGCAAACUCACCGAGGCGAGAAGUGUAACAUUCCCUCCACCCAGCUUUUUAAAAGGAUUCUUUUCUGUGUUUGCGUGGAGAUUGGAUCCGAAGAAACUGGCUGCUGGGGUUUGGCCCCCGAAUGGCAGUCUCUAUGGGAGAUGCAGUCCUUUCUUGUCGCUCCCUCCACCCACCCCCACCCCCACCCACCCCCCGCACCCCUUCCCAAAAAGGAAAACUUCCGUUUGAGCCCUUGAGUUAAUUCUGCUAUUUCCUAUCAGCCACAGUGCGGGUGGAACCAGAGCAGGCUGUGACACGGGCUGGUGGAGCCCCCUUCCUGUGUUCUCCCUUUGUUCCAGCGCCACGAUGGUGAGAUAACUGUUCCAAGCUGAGGGACAGCUUUGGAUAGGACAAAGAACAAGACUUCCCCGCCCCUGGGAGCCCUACAGACCCCAGCGAUUUGUCUGACUUGUUCCCCAACUCCUGUCAUUUUGGCCUGAAGGCUAUGAAUUCAGGCUAGUUGUAUGCAGAGUUAGUAAUGAAUUUCUUCCUGCUUUGCCCAGCUGACCAAAAAUAUGACAAUGAUGAUGUUCACCAGAAGAAAAAAAAAUCAAUUCCAUGCACUUUACUUUGUUUUUAAUUUUUUAGUAAGAAAAACUUUUUUAUUUGACAGAUUUUUGCCUUCUAUGUAUAUAUGUGCAUAAAUUGUGGUGUAAAUAGACUAAACAAACUUAUAUUUCAAUAAAAGGGAGUUUAAAGUUUAGAAUUUAAUUCCCAUGGUUUGAUCUGAUUAAGGUUCCUGAUUCAUCUACUUUUGGAAUAAGGUUCAGUUUUUCUCUGGCUAGUGGGUGUGCUUUGUAAAACAAAGGAUGCAGAUCCACCCCCUUUGGGCUUGGGGUUGGGGAAUCUAACAAAGGCAAGAGUGGAUUCCCUGUCUUCACUCAAAUGAAUCCUAGGACUGGAAAACAGUUCCUCCUAGAAUGGGGAGGAAGGGAAUAGGGAGAGAUGAGAGAAAAGUGCUCCAUUUCCUAGCAAUUAAAAUUGAUAGGAAAGGAUUUCACUGUAAUGCAUUCCUAUAUUAAUCGUUUGGUAAAUAUGACAGAACCAGAUGUGCGGACUGAAACAUGACAAAUGCCACCUCUUAAACUUCACUGCAGUGGUCACAUGCUGCAGGUGAUUUCCAACGUUGUAAUUACUGUGCAACACAAUGUGCAGAGAAUACACUGAGCGCAUAUUGCAAACAGGUAGAGAGUGUUAUAAAUUAAUUCUGCCUUUUAAUCUCUGGCAUGCAUUCCACUGCAUUCAAGAGAUAAUCUCUAACAUCUGGGCUCCUCUGGUGCUCUGUGGCUUUUGGGCUGCUUUGGGGGGGGGGUAGUAACUGCAUGUCCUCUCAAAGCAGCCCCUGGGACAAGAAAGGGUACAGUAAGUACUUUAGUACAUGACAUUUGGAUGGUGGCCUUUGGGAAACUGAAAAUUUAGAAAAUUUGGAUUGGUACCUGGUCCCAAGUGACCUUGCCUAUUACUUUUUCAUUUAAUGAUCUUUAAUCCAGGCAACUUUUAGUUACAACUCUAAUAGCUUUUUAUUUGACUUGCAUUUGUAAACCUGGAGUUUUAUAGACCCAAGAAAAUAUUAAGUCUCUGUGGGUUCCCCUUCUCACUCAGCACUGUAGCGUGGUGUGCCGUUUAACUAUUUAAUGCCAUCCUUGUGUUUCCAGUGCCUUGUUCUUUAGAAAUUCUUUAAGAAAAAUACAGUCCAUAAACUGUGG